CGACUGGCAGUGAUAAGUGGGAACUCUAAAGAAACGGACAGCAUCGACAUCGAUCCGUCAUGGAGAGUGCAGCAGAUGAACCGUAGGCCCGACUCAACAGUAGGAUGCCGUCCUGCAACUUGACGAGAGAGCAGCUUCAGGAAAUGGCUCGCUUCGCAGAAGAUCUACCCACCCGCUAUGGAGCUGGAGGAGGAGGCAGAGGUGCGCCGGGCGCAGGCAGAGGGGGCGCCCGACCAGGUGGUCCUCCAGGCGGCCAAAGGAUGUACAAGCAGUCGAUGGCUCAGAGAGCCAGGACAAUGGCCAUAUACAACCCUAACCCAGUCAAACAGAACUGCUUCACUGUCAACCGAUCCUUGUUCAUCUUUCGAGAGGACAAUCUCAUUAGGAAAUAUGCUAAGCGAAUAACCGAAUGGCCAUAUCCUUUCCAAACUCCCCAUAGGUAAAACAGCUGUCAUCACAUUGCAUUGAUGUGUGUAUAACAUAUCUGUCCUUAUUUGACAAUCACACUGCUAGAUGUUUUAUUCAGAAACAUGACAAAGGGACUAGAGCAUGCCUUGUAUUUAAAGAUUUGACUG